UAGGCGGCAGCUGCUGUAUGCGUACCCCACCAAUCACCAAUUUCGGUGGUGAUUUUGUGUACUACUCACGAACUGCUGUUGUGACGCACUGACGCCGUUCUAGCGUUCGGCCGGCCAUUUGGUUUCUGGUAACCCGUUUGCCUGGUCUUGCCGGCGAAGCCACAUUUUUUUUUUACCCGCCCGGUGUAUUUUUGUUUUUCCAGUCCUGUUUUGUGUGCGUUCCGUUCCCACUUCGCUGGCCACUGCGGUUUGACGUUCAACAGUUGUUGUGUAACGCAGUGCUGCGUGCAGGCGUGCUUGCGGCGGAUACCAACUCCGGCACCUUCCGUCCACACGUUUUUUGACCGAUCAACAUGACGUUGUCCCUAACCACUGGUAAUAAUGCCAAUAAUUAUUACAACAACAAUGUCGUUCUCAACCCGCUCGAGAUGUGCCGCGUUUGCCUGUCCGAUAGAGCUCAAGUUUACACCGACGUUAUGGGACCCGACGAACCGCAUCUGGUUCAGUACGUCAAGGAGUAUUACAAAGUGGAAAUUACAGGCGAUGAAGGAAAAUCUACUAAGUUAUGUCAAUAUUGCCUGGAACAUAUUGAUGUAUGGAGAGGACAAGUCGAAGAAGCUAAAGCAAACCAAGUGAUAGUGAAUUAUUUAGCUGAAAAAACAUAUAUGUCACCUGCACUAGCACCACCACCCCAGAUUGCGAAUAAACGAUCCUUGUUCGUUUCAAACAAAAAGAAGAAAAUAACACCAAAAAGGGCUAAGAGAAAAAAAAGAUCCUCUCCAAUACCCGAGCAUGAAACACAAUCGUCAUCUUCGUCAUCAUCCAUUGACAUGAUUCAAUCACCAUCAGAAUCUAUCGAACAAUCUGCAUCAGCAUCUAUUCACCAAUUUCCAUCAAUAGAUACAGAGUCUAUGCAAUAUGAACCAGAUUUUCCAUCCACAUCAAAUUCAAAAGAAAUUGUUCCAUUCGCUUCAACUUCUACAGAAAUUAUUCCAUUUGCAUCAACUUCAACAGAAAGUAUUCCAUUAGCUUCAACUUCAACAGAAAUUAUUCAAAUUGCAUCAACUUCAACAGAAAUUAUUCCAUCAUAUACCAUGAAUGAAAUUUUACCAGCAGAAACUUUUAAUCCAACUUGGAUUUCAAUGGAUGUUGAUCAUGAGCGCGCAUCAGAAAUGUUUGCUGCCAUAUCUAGUUCUUUUAAAGCAGAAUUUGUUUGUAUAUUUUGCACUUACCAGAAUGAAGAAGUAUCGCGAAAUGUGUAUAAACAUAUAUUAUUUUGUUCCAAACAUUCCAAACCAUAUGCCUGUCUCAUUGAAGAUUGUCACUCGGUAUUUCCCAAUAAAGAGGUCUUUAUUCCACAUUACCGAACUCAUUUGAAACUCGGCAGUUCGACUUGUUUGUGUCAUAAAUGCUUUGGUGUUUUAACGUGUUCUAGAAGAUCAAUUCCGUUUGAUCAUGUUCACCAGAAUUUAUCAGAUUCAUUCAAAUGUUGUUCUUUAACUUUCCCAUCAAUGGUUGAAUUAGUUCUUCAUAAACUUAUAAAUCAUUGUGCAAUUGUUGUCACAAGUAACAACCGAUCACGUACCCUACAAAAACCGAAUCUGACUAUUAAAAAAAUGGAAUCGAACGACCUAAAAGGUGGUUUUAAUGUACCUGACAAUGUACCACACAGUGAGAUAAUUAUAGACAACGGAAGUAUUAAGUGUAAUUAUUGUCCUGAUUAUUUUAAUACAGUUCUCAAAUAUAUUGAUCAUAGUUUGAUUAAACAUAGACAUUCAAUUAAAUUGAAAGAAAAAGGAAUAAAAUUGUGCCCUCUAUGUGAGUACAGUUAUUUCAAUGAACAAUUUAGCGAACAUAUUGAACACUGCACAAAUACCUUGAGAGUCGGUACAAAUUCAUUGAAUAGUUAUGGAUGUAUUCAUUGUAAAUUUAUUUUCACGGAUACAACACCCAGAGAAAUUCGCAAUCAUGUUCUGUACUGCAAAUCGUUUAAAUUAGGUAUCAUUAAUAAUAAACUUCAUCAAAAAUGUAACAAUUGUACUUUUACAAGUACUGAUGAUGAUACAUGUAUGGAACAUGCAAAUUCUAAUUGUUUAUAUUUCCAAUUGAAAAUGAGAUAUGCAAUGGGACCGGAUGAAAAAGAUAAAGUUGAGGAACGAAUGAAAUUUGCUAUGCAAAAUACACAGCAAGGGGCAAAUGAGAAUGAAAAUGAUGAAGAACUUGCCAGUUCAAAUACAGUUUGCAAUACAGCUAGACAAAAGCUGCUCAAAUUUUAUAACUUUUAUUGUAAUAACUGCGAAAAACGUUUCUUUGAUAUGACUAUCUUUUUUAAGCAUUUGACUGUGACAGGAUCUUAUUGCCGAUUGCAACAUUUAAUCUACUGCCAAAAAUGUCUAACUGAGUUUAAAACUGUGGAAGAGUAUCAACGCCAUUUACCCAGUAUGCCAGAAUCGUCACCAUUGUUAUCAAUAAAACAAGAAGUGUUUGAUCAAAAUAACGAUGAAGACGGCGAUAUUCAUAUGGAUGUAGUACGAGUCAAUCAUAGUUUUUGUCAUGUGAAAGUUGAAAUGAAUGAUGGAACAUAUGUUCAUAAACAAGAACCUCCAAAUUUUUAUGAAACAAGCAAUUUGCAAUAUCAAGAACAGGACCAAGAACAGGAACAGGAACCGGAACAAGGACAAGAACAGGAACCGGAACAAGGACAAGAACAGGAACAAGAACAAGAACAGGAACAGGAAGAUUCAAAUGUUGAUUACAAUAACGGUUUUGCAUGCCAAGAAAUGGAGUUAACCAAUGGUGAUAUAUACAUGCAAUGUGAAGUUGAAGAUAAACCGGAUUUGAAUAAAUUGUUAAUAGAAAAUGUGGAGUAACAUGUUUUUAUCACAUAAUUCCAAUAAAGUUAAACUAAACAUAGUUUUACUUACAAAUUUUUACUCGAUUAUUAAAAUUCAAUUCGGUAUUGUUAUUUAUAUUAAUUAAAUAAUUUCUGUAGUUCCGUAACCAGGUAAAUCCUAAUAGCUAUUAACUUAAAAAUUACCUAUUUCAUAUUAUUUUUUUUUCUGUUGAGAAAAGGAUUAUAUUAGUAAAUUUAUAAUCAUGACUUUAAGUACAUAGUUAUGAUGUAAGUAAUGAUGUAUCGUAUUCAUUUUUCAAAAGUUUCACUAGAAUACAUUUUAUUUAAAUACUUAAUUGUGUUAUUUGUUUUUAAUGUUGA